AUGCUUGAAGUUGAAACCCCGGCUAGUGAGCCGUUGAUACUUCACCCUGAUAUCAACAAUAACAACAACAACAACAAUAGCAGCUACGACAACAACGACAACAAUAGCAGUACAAAUCUUCAGAAACCUGAAUAUUUUGUUGCUAUUGUUUUUGCGCUAGCGGUUUUGUUCAGUUCAUUGUAUCUGCAAGGAUUACCCUCUACAAGGGUACCUCAGUUACGCAGUCGUCUAAUUGCUGCCGCUAUUACAGGUGCAAAGUUGCGAGAUGGAGAAGUAUGGCAUAUCAAUCGACAUCAGACAAGGCGACGGCGUUCCACAUGGAGCGAUGCCAAAUGGCAUGGGGUACGUGGAUUGGCACGAGACUGUGGCUUCACGUGUUACUUCCGAUUACGUCAGGAUACCGGUGAUCGAAUACCCGAAAGUGAGCUGCACAUACAUCUCACGCGCUGGAAGCAGUUACCCCAACCCAAUAACAAAUCACUGCCGACGUUGGAGAACAAUCGGAUUCGACCGAUUGUACAAUUUAUGGAUUCGGUGGAUGCAACGCACGCACGAAUGUCCAGAUUUGUACCCGAUUGUCUCUACAGCGCUCAUGUUAAAGGUGCUACUGAAUCGUCGAUUGUCAAUUUAUGUGAUAUCAGCGGCGGACUGUUUGGCACUCUGGUACUGCCGGAUGGAACGUAUCUCAUAGAGCCGGUGAAGGACGAUCAGAUGCCAAGCAAACCGUCAUCGUCCAGGGCCCAUAUCGUGUACAAAUCCCGAUCUCACUCAUUCCACAAAUAUGGUUUUCCCAGUUCUUCUUCAACCAUUAUUGCUACUACUCCUUUUCUUACUAUUGCCCCUACCGCUACUUUUGCUAAUUCAUAUUCAACGA